AUGCAGCUACGAUCUGCAAAAUUGAAUCGAGUGCUGUUUUCAACGCCCGUUGCCUCUCUACAGCGUAGCCCAGGAUUCAGCACACCGUCAGCUGAAAUAAACGAAGGGAAUCAGCUUGCUGAAGUAAGUGUGAGCGAGCAGUGCGCACAGCAAGACGCACGCCGAGAACGGAAGAAGAUGGCUCAAUCGAUAGCUGCCCUUACGCAAUGCAUGCGUACAUCCCAAGGUAAGAUCUAUCGCAUCCAACAGACUAUUCUAGCUUCACAAGGAGAUCGUACCAAGUUUAACAUACAUGCCAUCAAGUUAUAUGUUAAAACUGUAGAUGCCGCAUACGACGAAUUCAAUGGAUUCCUGAAUCAGAUGUACAUCUCCGAUCCCUCUGCAAGAGACGAAUUCGAACCGAUGUUCCUUGAAUUCGAAGAACUAUACGAGUCUGUUAGUAUUGCGAUUUCCGAAAUAACUCAGUACCAUGAGGAUCAGAAACUUGCUGCUGUUGCAGCGCGCGAAGAGCAGAAACAAGCCAUUUGCCAACCUGGCGGCAGUGGCCAACAGAACCAAUUUCCGAUUCAGAUGGUUCCAUGCUUAUUGAUGCAGCAAGCUCCCUUACCGACGUUUGACGGACAGUACGAAAACUGGUACAAGUUUAGAGAUCGAUUUAUUGACAUCGUAGAAAAAUGUACCAGAGAUUCCCCAGCUACGAAACUCCACUACUUGGACAAAGCUUUAGUAGGGAAAGCCAAGGGAUCCAUUGAUCAACAGACUCUGAACGACAACAACUAUGAAGGCGCAUGGAGAAUCUUGACCAAGAAAUAUGAGAACCUUCGAAUGGUGGUCCAAGGUCACAUUACACAGUUGUUGUCGAUGAAGGCCAUGACGAAAGGAACGCAUGUUGAAUUGAGAGCGCUGAUAGAUCUCGUUGAAAAGCGCUUAGAAUCUCUAGAUUUCCAUGGCCUGAAAAUGGAAGAUGCCUUGUCUGAAGCCAUCUUAGUGAAUCUCGUGAUAUCGCGACUUGAUCCUGACACCCGAAGAGCGUGGGAGCCCACAGUUGAACAUGGUCAACUGCCCGCAUUUGAAGACGUGAUGAGAUUUUUGAGAGAGCAUUGUUACAUGCUAGAACGAUGUGAGCAGACGGCCCAUCGAUUGAAAAACCCGACUAUUAAGACGACUGCACCCGCAGUUGCAACCAAGGUGUAUGCAGCCACAGUUCAACAGGCGAACUGCUGUCCGAUCUGCAAGGAUGAUCACCUGAUCGAUGAUUGUGAUCUCUUUAAGAAGCUCAACGUUAACAGUCGGUACACCAAGGCAAGGCAAUUAGGAUUGUGCUUCGCGUGCUUGAGAAGAGGACAUCGGACCUUGUCCUGCAAGGUUGAUAAGAAGAAGCUGUGCGAAUGCAAGAAGAAGCACCAUCCAUUGAUGCACGCGGAGGAAAAACCUGAGGCAAAAGAGAGGGCGACGGGCAGGACUGCUGAGCAACCAGGGUCGUCGAGGGAUUUGCCGGAAACCGUGGCAAAAUGUGAAACACCAUUGUUACGUACCGGAGAAGUGAAGAAGCAGGUGCUGUUAGCAACAGCACUCGUCGACGUUGUUGAUUCAUCAGGAGUGGCGUUUAAGUGUCGUGCACUGAUGGAUUCCGGUGCUAUGGCGAACUUCGUGUCGGAGCGAUUGAGUGAUGUUCUGUGUCUACCCAAGAAGUGUGUUAACAUCCCGAUCGUGGGUGUGAACGGAUCGAAAUCGAUAGUGAAAUCCCGAAUUCAUGCCACCGUCAAAUCCAGUGAGACUGAUUGUACUUUCUCGCUUGACUUCCUUGUUGUUCCCCGAGUCACCGGUUCGCUGCCGUCGCGGAAGUUGGAUGUUUCUAACUGGCCGCUACCGAAGGAUAUUCGAUUGGCUGACCCCAAGUUCUUCGAACCCAAUCGCAUUGACAUGCUCAUCGGAUCCGAAAUGUUUUACGACUUGAUGGAGGCUGGCAAGAUCCGAAUGUCCGCCGAACUCCCGUUACUACAAGAAAGCCGACUUGGUUGGCUAGUUGCGGGACCAGUUCAUUCUUCUGAAGGUAUCGCCUGUGUUCGUGUCCACCAGGUAAUGCCAGUUGAACCUGCUGAUGAGCGUCUUGACGAGCUGAUGAAACGCUUCUGGUGCAUUGAAGAACAGUUCCCCGACGAAAAAGUUGACAACGAUUGCGAGCAACAUUUCCAGACGACCCAUGCUCGCAGAAAGGACGGACGGUACGUAGUGCAACUCCCGUUCCGUGUCGAUGCUGAAUUAUUAGGAGAAUCCAGAAACCAAGCGGUCAAACGAUUCAAGGCACUCGAGAAGAGAUUGGAGGCAUACCCCAAUACGAAGCAAAUGUACUCGGACUUCAUCAAGGAAUACAUCGAGCUUGGCCACGCAAGAUAUCUGAGCGCGGAAGAAGCGACUGAACACAACACCUACUACCUUCCGCACCACUGCGUGAUGAAACCCGACAGCUCGACAACUAAGCUGAGAGUGGUGUUUGACGCCUCAGCUAAGACGACCACGAACUAUUCCUUGAAUGACGUGUUGAUGAGCCCUCCAACUAUCCAGAGCUCCCUGUUUGAUAUUAUUCUGAAGUGGCGUUCGCACAAAUACGUUUACACUGCCGAUGUGCAACGCAUGUAUAGACAGGUGAUAGUUGAUGAUUCCCACACUAAGUACCAGCGAUGUGUGUGGAGAGAUGAUAAGACGCAGCCGAUCCGAGAUCUUGAAAUAGUCCGAGUUACCUAUGGCAUAGGUCCAGCAGGGUUCCUGGCAACAAGAGCGAUGGUCCAGUUAGCGAAUGACGAACAACACCGAUAUCCCGCAGCCAGUGAGGUCGUGCGAAGAGCGUUUUACGUAGAUGAUGUACUCUCCGGUGGUGGUACCCUAGCCGAAACGAAAUUGCAGAUGAACGAAUUAACAGCGCUACUCCGAGAAGGCGGCUUCAAGCUCCAUAAGUUUUGCGCCAAUGAUCCUGCUUUGCUGAAAGACAUACCACCCGGAGAUCAAGAGAAACAGUUGAACUUCGAAGACAACGACAUCAACGGAGUGAUAAAGACACUUGGUCUCCUCUGGGACCCUGUCCACGACGAUUUCCUGUUUCAAGUUCAGCCGAUGAAAAACGAAGACCCGCCGACCAAACGACAAGUACUUUCCGAGAUCGCUAGAUUGUUUGACCCACUCGGAGUACUUGGUCCAACUGUGGUACUCGCCAAACUGGUUAUGCAGCGUUUAUGGCAGAAGCAGAUUGGUUGGGACGACCUCAUCCCCGAUGAAGAUCACGAAAUGUGGAAGAAAUUACGACUUGAAUUGUGCCAAAUCAACGAUAUGAGAAUCCCCAGGCGAACCACAAUAGACGACCCGAUAACCUUAGAAUUGCACGGUUUUUCGGAUGCCUCGAAGUACGCCUACGGCUGCUGCGUCUAUCUGCGAAGUGUAUCGGCUGCGGGAUCGGUCGAAGUGAGACUGCUGUGCGGCAAAUCAAGAGUUGCGCCGCUCAAGGAGCUGAACCGAAAGGAGAAGGAGAAUGCGGAUACCACCGAGAUGACCAUACCAAGAUUGGAGCUGUGUGCAGCACUGCUGCUGUCCGAACAAGUUCAAAAAGUGCGCGAAACCUUAGAGAUAGGCAUUGAAAAUGUCAUCCUAAGGUCCGAUUCGAAAAUAGUGUUAGAUUGGCUAAAUAGAGUGAAACCAGAACAAUCAUCUUUUGUGCAUAACCGAGUUAAGACAAUUCGAAAACUCACCGCGGGUAUGAAGUGGAUGCAUGUUGGAACUAAAGACAAUCCAGCGGACUUAGUGUCGCGUGGUGUUUACCCGAUCGAAUUAGUGAAUAGUGCAAUGUGGUGGGACGGUCCGAACUUUUUACAUGCGACCGAUUUAGUGUACGAGAGUGUUUUAAAUGAAGAAGAAGAGUUCGGACAGCAUCCAGUUGAAAUGGUCGCAGUUGCAGUUCGUGAGCGUAUCCUCUACGACGAGAUAGCCGAUUGCAGCAGAUUUCGCAGACUUGAACGUGUGUUCGGGUAUGUGGCCCGAUUUAUCUACAACUGUAGAUCCAGGAAGAGAAAGGUUGAACGACGUAGCGGUAAGCUAGACAGCAUCGAUUACCGUGACUCACUGUUGACGAUGGUGAGGAUCACGCAACAUGUUUUUUACCGCGAAGAAAUCAAGACCCUGAGACGAAACUGCCCUGUGACAGGGAAGCUACGAAACUUGAACCCCUUUUAUGACGAAGAAGAAGGUGUGCUUAGAGUUGGUGGAAGAAUCCGAAAUGCAGACUUACCACGUGAUCAGAAACACCCAAUGAUAUUGCCAGAAAACAACCACUUCACAGACAUGCUGGUCGAAUCUAUUCAUCGAGAACAGUUGCAUGUUGGAUUGAAUGGAUUGCUUGCCAAGAUCAGACAACAAUUUUGGCCGGUCAACGCAAAGCGCACCAUACAUCGUGUAAUUCGAAAGUGUAUCAAGUGUUUCCGUAUGAGGCCGAAGGAAAUGAAGCAUUUCAUGGGAGACUUGCCGAAGUCCCGGGUUACCGAGACCAACCCCUUCACCCGCACUGGCGUGGAUUAUGCCGGUCCAUUUCUUCUGAAGCAGGGUCGAAUGAGGUCACCGAUUAAAUGCUAUGUGAGUGUAUUUGUCUGCAUGAGCACCAAGGCCAUCCACUUGGAGCUGGUUGGAUCGCUGUCAACUGAAUCGUUCUUGGGUGCCUUUCAUCGCUUCGUUGGACGUCGUGGGAAUGUUUCUGAGAUGUACUCAGACCAUGGCACAAACUUUCAAGGUGCCAAGCGGCAACUGGCAGAGCUAGACGAAUUGUUUAAAUCGCAGAUGUUCGAAUGUAAGCUGGAGGAAUUUUGCCAGUCCCGAGGAAUACGAUGGAGUUUUAUAGCGCCUAGAGCUCCACACCAAGGCGGCCUAUGGGAGGCCGGAGUAAAGAGUAUGAAAUCGCACUUGUGUAAGGUACUCAAUGAAUCGUAUCUUACCUACGAAGAGAUGUACACCUUGCUAGUACAAAUAGAGGCUAUAUUGAAUUCGCGACCCCUGAUACCCCAGUCGGAUGAUCCGAUGGAUUACGUCGCAUUAAGUCCAGGGCAUUUUUUAAUCGGUCGUGAACUUACUGCUGUUGCCGAGCCAGUUUAUUGUGACCUCAAGCAGUCGAAGUUAUCAAGAUACCAGCAAAUCCAAGUUCGCAAGCAAUCCUUUUGGCGGCGCUGGUCAGCUGAAUAUAUAACCGAGUUGCAAAGGCGUGGUAAAUGGUGCGAUACUCCCACACAACUACGAGAAGGUUUACUGGUGGUAAUCAAGGAAGAUGGAGUGCCGCCCCAGCAGUGGAGAUUGGCCCGGAUUGUCCAGGUGCAUCCCGGCGCGGAUGCUGUAGUUCGUGUGGUGUCGUUGCGUACGAGUUCCGGAGCGGUUUACACUCGACCGACAACCAAGAUAGCUGUGCUCCCUGUUGAAGAAUCUUCGGAUGUUCCUGCUGAAUUGAGCCGUCCGGCUCCGGGGGGUGGAUGUUAA